AUGGAGCGGCGGCUGCGGCUGCGGCUGCGGCUGCGGCUGCGGCAGGCGGACGCAGGGGCUCGGCUGGGCCGGGCUGGGGUGGGCUCAGGACAGAUGAGGGAUCAGGUCGUGGCCAGGUGCUCAGGUUGGUCUGCAGCAGGCGGGGAGCGGGCCCUGAGCCGGGGCGCAGUAGUGCCCGGGCCUUGGGCUGGAGAUGCUGAGGGGGGCAACAAAAACUGGAGGAAAGACAAGGAGGAGAAAGAAGAAGAGGAGGCGGCAGCAGGGCCGCUGGUGGGAGAGGAGGCUCUGUGCGCUCCCACGGCGCUGCUGUCCCUGAGCAGGAAGGCCCCGGACCAGGGCCCCACGGAGAGCAAGCUGGAGUUGCACCCGCUGCUGAGCAGGUGGGCUCUGUGGUUCUUCAAGAAUGACCGUAGCCGGGCCUGGCAGGACAACCUGCAUCUGGUCACCAAGUUUGACACCGUAGAGGACUUCUGGGCGAUGUACAGCAACAUCCAGCUGGCCAGUAAGCUCUCCUCCGGCUGUGACUACGCCCUGUUCAAGGAUGGCAUUGAGCCCAUGUGGGAAGACAGCAGGAAUAAGCGCGGUGGCCGCUGGCUGGUCAGCCUCGCCAAGCAGCAGCGCCACAGCGAGCUGGACCACCUGUGGCUGGAGACCCUGCUGUUUCUGAUCGGGGAGAGCUUUGAGGAGCACAGCUGGGAGGUGUGUGGGGCCGUCAUCAACAUCCGAGCCAAGGGGGACAAGAUUGCCGUGUGGACCAGGGAGGCGGAGAACCAGGCGGGCGUGCUGCACAUCGGGCGUGUCUACAAAGAGCGCCUGGGCCUCUCCUCAAAGACCAUCAUUGGGUACCAGGCCCAUGCAGACACGGCCACCAAGAGCAACUCUCUGGCCAAGAACAAGUUUGUGGUGUGA